UUGUAGCGCGUGGUCGUGCAUCGGGUCGAGCAAGAAAGCAAUAAAUAGCUAAAGCAACUACAACAACAAGAACAAGAACUAGAACUCGAACUAAGUAGCCAACAGCAAUACAACAGCAGCAGACAGGCAAACGAGAAAAUUAGCGCCGCGAGCAGAGCCACAGCCAUCCAUGCUACAGUCCCAACAGUCAAGUGAGCCAGUGUGAGUCAGGCGAGGGCGCUUGAAUUCGACGCAACCAUUUGUGGCAGCAUGGAUGAGGAGCACGACGACGAUCGAAUAAUAUGAGAUUCGAUGGGGCCUUAGAGCCCCGUCAGCAAGGAGCUGCCAUGUUGCAGUGCCGUUUAACAAAUGUUGGUGAAAAAUGUGAGCUACAACAGCAGCAGCAGCAGCAGCAACAACAACAAUCCGCUGCUGAGGAUGACGAGACAGCAGUAGAAUCAGCAGUCAACAACAGCAACAAUCGCCGCUGGGCAGCAACUGCACAACAAGCUAAACACUUGUCGCCCAGUCAGGCGCCACUAGCAACAGCAACAGCAACAGCAACAGAAACAGCAACAGCAACAGCAACAAUAACACCAACCACAGCAACAGUAACAACAACAAGCAACAUAAACUUGCACUUAAGCAGCAUUGAGCGCGUCGCAGCAGCAGCAGCAACAACAACAUCGAAUUGGCGCGACAUUGCUGCGUUACUAAAAAUGCGUGCCCAGCAAUCGUUAAUGCUAAUGGCUCGACGGGUCAGUGGUGCCUGCCCUAAGGCUAAGGGUGGUAGUGGUAGUGCCAACUUGCCCCACAUGGAACGUGCUCGCGCUCGCCACAGCGCCUUCGCUUCUGCCCUGUGCCUGAUUUCCGUUGCGGCGCUGCUGCCGUCGCUUGGUCUGGCCGAUGACGGUGACAAUUUCUUUGCGGUUAAUGGCUUCAGCGUGGGUCCCGAGACAACAACACCCGAGUUUGAUUACGCUAGUCGUGGGCAGAAAAAGUUUGGAGACAAAUGCGAGAACACCUUGGAAUGCGGCUUUCCUGGCUCCAUAUGCGAUCCCAAGAAGAAAUCCUGUCAGUGCACCGAGGAUCUGCAUGUUACCAACCACUUUGAUAAAUGUGGCAAGGCUGCCGCCGUCAACGAGUCCUGUUGGUUCAACGAGCAGUGCGAGGCCGUAUACUUUCAGACGGAGUGCCGAGAUGGACGCUGCAUUUGUCGGUUUGAGAUGUCGCCCAUUUGGGGCAAGGAUGGCUCUGUGGAGUGCAAAGGACGACAGGACAAGCGUGGACCCGAGACGUACAUUGAUCCGGCCAUGAUUGGUGUGCUGGUAGGCAUGGCAUUGAUGUUUAUUAUUAUUUGUGUCGUCCUGCGAUUGUUUAGCCAGGCACGUUGGCGUGAGAAUCGCACCAUCUUCAAUACGCCCAAUCCGCGCCUGAUGAACGUUUCUCUGCUGCGCGAUAGCAAGCUGCUCCAUGGCCAGGAGCGACGCGGCUCCCGCAUGUCGGUGCGUGCUCCAUCUCGCCAGCCGAGCAUGGCCUCACUGCGUCCACACUCGCCGAACCCUUCGCUAGGUAAGACAGGCUCGCAGUCGGAAUCUCGUGGAAGUGCCAGCAAUGCUUCGGCCACAUCGGUGCGCUCCAAUCGCAGCAACUCUGUGGCGCCUGGCAAGGUGUCCAGCGCUGGACAUCAUGAGCGUCACGGCUCCUCGCAUCGCCAGCAUCACGCGCAGCUGCAAUCGCCGCAGGAGCAGGCGUCCCUGAUAACCAACAUCACAACGAACCCAGUGGCCGAGAGUGUGACCGUGGAGAUUAUUGAGCCAGGCACCAAGUAAAAAGCAAACAAGAAACAACAAACAACAAUUUCUAUAUACAAUUAUAUGCAGUAUAUGCAAUACAAGAACACUAUAAAGCGAGUCAACCAAUUGUCGAUAUCGUCGUUUAAUAUGCACGCGAUAAUAAGGCCCGAUAAGUUGCCAUUGUUAGUAGACCCUUUUUAAGAAAAGCCCAAUGUAAUGGACAAUUUUUGACAAAACAAUAUUAAAGCGUUUAACAAAAUUUUUCUGCCACAUAACAAUCUACACAAUAAUGCUAAUAAAUACAUAAAAACAAAAUAUAUAAGCUCACACACACACACACAAACACACCGUAUAAAAAUACUUGAAAUGAAAAAAAACUUGCAUAACAAAUUCAUACAACUCUAUUUUGUUCAAACCAAAAAAAGAAUAAGCAAUUUAAUUAAAUAUUAUAUAUCGCAUACUUUGACAAUUUAUAUAGAACUUUAAAGCUUUUGGGUUUAACGCUUUGAGAACAUAUAGACAGACCCUACUACGCCUAAACACAUACUUAUAUACAGUUAUACAUACUAGUAUACAAAUAUACAGCUAUAUAGAGCAGUAGUUUUUGGUAGUCGUAAAGGGAAAGCAUACAACAUUGCCAAAAACCAAACAUAACAACAAUAACAAAUAGUAGUCAGCACAACCAAAGCUAAAUACAUACAUACCUAUGUACAAUGUACUAUGUACAUAACGCACAACGCCUUAUCUAUUUACAUACGACUAAGAGAUUAGUAUGUACUUUAAAGCAGCCGCUAGCUAAUGAAAUUAUUAAGCAAUUUUAAUGCUGCUGUAGCGCUCUCUAUAUAAAAUUGAAUACAAUUACGAAUUAUGAUAGCCAACCAAGGAUAACACACAAAUUGCAAGAAAUAAGUAUUUACAACCUCGGGACCAUAUUUUAUAAUCAAAAUAUGCGUUUCAAAUAGCGAAGCACGCACCUUUAGUUUUCACAAAAACGAAACAAAACCGUGUAACCGUACUUUAAAGUUUAAACUAAUGUUUAAAAUGCUGGCUGAACUAACGUUUAGGGAACACCAAUUAAAAACCUAAAUAAGUCUAAGCAUAUAGCGCUAAUUAUAACUAAAUUGACUUCCAAUACAAAUAUUUCAGUUCUGAUCCGUUGAUUUGUCAAGUUGAGUUCGGCACUGGACGUGCCGCGAAUAGGGGAAGAUUCUUAGUACGCCCAGUGCGGUUCUUGACCAAGCAAGCAUCCAUAGUAAUUAGAAAGCUGUUAUCGUAUGAUUAUGAUAAGGUACCAUAUAUAUUUUGGGUUUAUUAUCAGCGAAUCCACAAUGAAAAUAUAAAAUACUCUCAUUUGCUUUUGUGCUCAAUCAAAGAAGCUUAACUGUGAGAAACAACAAAGUGAAAUACAAAAUGUGUUUGGAAAUAAAUAAAAAUACUCAACAUAUAAAGAGGAAACCAAAACCCUAAUGAAACAAAGCUCUCAAGGGUACGUACAAUUUAGUAGCGCGUAAAUGAAAAAAAAAAAAAAAACAAAAGUAAAUUAAUAUUAUGCUUAAUAAAUACAACUAGCUAAUUACGUCUUACAAUUAAACUUAAAAACAACGUUUUAUUCAAGUUGCAUCGAAUUUUUCUCAAAAAACAGCAAUCAAACAAUCUUAUUUCUAGGACAUACUAAUACAUACAUAGCAUAUUUACAUUUCCUAAGCACAAAAUGCGAAU